AUGGCAUACAACAGCAAUAUACCAAGAACCAUGGCCAAAUCACGAUGUGAUUGCAUACAGCUACGCGACGUCCAGCUUCCAGUCCCCGUAUACCUGCAAACAGAUGCCUGGAGACGGAUCAACAAGCCUCAGCCAGCUACCUUCUCUGUUCGCAUCUCCUACCCCGCCGGCCUUAUCUCUCUCGCCGCAGAGAACGACACAGUCGGCCACACUCUCAACUAUGGUACUCUAUACAGAUCAAUCGAGUCCGCAAUAAUAUCCAGCAACAAAGAUGCUGUCCCUGACGAAAACAGAGAUUAUCCAACAGCACGCCCUUCUCAUAGCAAGGACAUAGUGGACAUUGCCCUAACUAUAAGCGACGCCGCAUAUAAAGUCCUCUGGUCCGAAAUCGAUUCUACAAAACGCGAUAAGAAUGAUGCUAUAUUCAAUGAUAGCUGGUUUACGGAGAAGAAAGAGGAGAUAACGGUGGACCUGCAUCUUCCCAAGGCCAUAUUACGCGCCGAGCGGGGGUUGUUUUGUACACUUGUUACUCGCGAGAGACCGGCUAAAGAAGAGCGUUGUUCUAUGGAAUAUGACUUGACUGUGAGAGUCGAGGGGAUACGAUGUGCUUGUAUCAUUGGGGUGAAUCCUCAUGAAAGAGAGGAUAAACAGAUAGUGGAAUUGGCCUUGACUUUCCGAGAGAGUAGAUCCGAGACGCGUAUGAUACCCAAGGAGUAUCAGACCAUGGUCUCCACGGUAGCUGAGAGCAUUGAUAAAACUUCGUAUGAAACUGUGGAAGCACUUGCUACGCAUGCGGCGAAGAUUGUGCUGGUGCAGUUCCAGCUCGAUGAGGUGGCUGUUAGAGUCGAGAAACCCAGCGCCAUGGCCUUUGUAGCGUUUUCUGGCCUCGAGAUAACGCGCACUGCCAGCUUCUUCGGCGUCUCUCAUCCACCUGCAUAA